UCCUCAGGAAGGAACCUGCAGCAAACUUCCUGCUGCCCUCGACCAGACACUUUUUUCCCUAGUUCCUCUCACUCCGCUUCUUUUAGGACCAAAUUAUUAUUUUUUUUAAAAAACUGAACAUGGCAUCUGUCCUUUACAGGCUGGCAGUACCGAGGUGCUCUCUGUUGCGGCGCUUGGCUGUGCCACGGCGGGAAACGCAACGACUUGAACACCAUGGGUUACACCGGGACGGGACGCGACUGGUAGCCGGGGGAAGUCGCUCUCUCGCGGCCUGCAGCCGCGCCGACAGCCGCUCACAGCACACAGCGGCGGAGGUGUCCGUGGAGGUGGACCUAAAGCGGCUAGAGGGACAGGACGAGGGAAUAGUGGAAGUGCUGAUGUGCCGACACAGAGCAAGGAACGCUCUCGGUCACACGUUUGUGUCACAGAUGAGGGAGCUGGUGUCCACUCUGUCCCAUGACUCAGCGGCUCGUGUGGUGAUCUUCAGGAGUUUGGUGCCGGGAGUCUUCUGUGCAGGUGCCGACCUGAAAGAACGUGCGUUGAUGGACAACUCCGAGUCCGAUCUGUUUGUUCACAGCCUGCGCUCCCUCAUGACUCAAAUAGCGAUAUUACCCACGCCCACCAUCGCAGCGAUGGACGGCGUCGCCCUGGGAGGUGGACUGGAGCUCGCGCUGGCCUGCGACCUGCGCACUGCCUCAACUUCUGCCCAGAUGGGUCUGAUUGAGACGACGCGAGGGCUCCUCCCGGGAGCGGGGGGCAGUCAGCGGCUGCCACGGAUGGUCGGCGUCACUCUGGCCAAGGAGCUCAUAUUCACAGGUAGGCGUGUGGGAGGGCAGGCCGCUCUCGAGUUGGGGCUUGUAAACAGAGCCGUAGAACAGAACCAGAGCGGAGAUGCUGCUUACAAAGAGGCUCUGACCCUGGCCAGAGAGAUACUACCCCAGGCUCCUUUUGCUGUGCGGAUGGCCAAAGAAGCAAUAAAUAGAGGCGUUGAGGUUGACAUUGGGUCAGCAAUGGCGAUAGAGAGACUGUGUUACGCCAGGGUCAUUCCCACACGGGACCGACAGGAAGGCAUGGCGGCAUUCAUCGAGAAGAGACCGCCACGUUAUACUGGGGAAUGAAAGCGCUCCACCGGCAUACCAAGAUAUUUAUAAAACACUGUUUGCAAAAUAAUUAUUUUUUUCCCCCCCAAAUCCAACGAUGCUUUUAAAGUUCUUGGUCAGUGAUGGCUGCAAAAUUAUUAGUUGGAGAUAUUUUAUUUUGUGCAAAAAUAUCUCCUCUAUUGAGGAACCAAUAGCUCUUUUUAUACGUUUAGAAAAAUAAAUGAAAAUGUUCAAAACUA